CCUAGCGUGGUCUUGUGAGAUCAUUACAGGUAUGUAAUGAUCUCACACCCGCCAGGUACGACGACGUCCUCCCCGAGCUCACCCCAGCUAUCUACUCACUCCUACAACCAUCUAUCAACCCUCAAAACCAUCUAUCACUCGUUGAAAUCACCUGAAAUCACCAUGUCACCUACCGGCAAAGGCAUCGGCGCCGCCCCGAAGAUUGACGGCUCAGACCUCCGCAUCGGCAUUGUGCACGCGCGCUGGAACGAGCAGAUCAUCGAGCCACUCCUCGAGGGCGCUCGCAAGGAACUCCUUGCUGCCGGCGUGAAGCCCGCCAACAUUGUUGUGCAAUCCGUGCCCGGCUCCUGGGAGCUCCCCAUCGCCGUCCGCGGGAUGUACACUGCCUCCCAAAUCCAAGCUACUCAAUCCUCGACCUCCUCUGCCGGAGACCUCCUCGGCUCAACCUCCGACCUCGCAUCCGACGCAGCCGCGACCCACACCCCACCCUUCGACGCACUGAUCGCUAUCGGCGUGCUGAUCAAGGGCGAGACGAUGCACUUCGAGUACAUCUCUGACGCUGUGUCGACGGGCCUGAUGCGCGUGCAACUCGAUGCUGGUGUGCCGCUUAUCUUUGGACUGUUGACGGUGCUGAGUGAGGAGCAGGCGCUGGUUAGGGCUGGGCUUGGGGGAGGGGAGAAGGGCGCGAAGGGGUAUGCGGCGCAUAACCAUGGUGAGGACUGGGGGAGGGCUGCGGUGGAGUUGGGGCAGAGGAGGAGGGAGUGGGGGGAGGGGAAGAUCCUUUAG